CCAAAGAGGUAAUUCUCCUGCCAGACCAUACAUCGACACAUGUGCCAAGGCGUGCCAAGAAAGCUUGGCUUUUUUAGCACGGACAUAUAAAAUCUGCCUUGGAGUUUGAGUGUGACUGGGAUGCCGACAAAGUUAUGCAGGCAAUAACAACAGCCUUCCAGCCAAUUGUGGAGGGAUGCAGGUUACAAAUCUUGCUGCCAUGCCACAACAAACUAGUGGAGCCAUCCCUGACCUCCAAACAGGCUUUAGGUGGAGACCUUGUGAAAAAACUGUUUCAUCAGAAAUCCAUUUAUGUCAGGCCUGACAAGGUCAUUUUAACUGAGGAAAAAGAAUCUUCAUGUUCUGAUGGAGAUAGUAGCCAUACAAACAGCAAUGAUAUCAUAGAAAUAGCAGACCACGAUAUGUGUGUCCCUGGUAGUGUGCCUGACAAAGUUGUGGAGGCCCCAUCCCUUUCCACUAAUACCACUUCCAUCUCCGUUGGAGAUGAAGUUGUGUGGUGUAUAGCCACCCAAGAAAUUUGCACUGUUGCACCUAACAUCUCCGAUAAUAACCUCACCAUGUCUACUAGUACUGCUGUCAUUACAAUUGAUGAGACUCCUACCUUUUCCGGUGGAACUUCUGCCAUCUGCAGUGGCAACACCCACAGCUUGUCGAUUGGUCCAACUACUAGUGCAAAUAGACAAACAAGUUGCAUCUCUGCUAAUCACUCCACUGGGAUGUCCCAUGAACCCACCCAACCCAGUACAUCCAGCACAUCCUACAGCACAUACCUUGAUCUUUUUGAGGAAGAGUACAUCUCUGAUGACCCUGAUCUCCAGGAAGCCAUCUCAAGGUCCUUAGAGUCUAGCACAAGUGAGAGUGAUUUAAAGAUAACUUUUGAAAGAAUAAUGGAGACCAUUGCUUCUAGAGUAAAUACUGAUAGCAUUGUACGCUUCAACAUCAUAAGAAGAAAUGUAUGGGAUGGAGCAUCCAGAGCAAUGGGCAGAUCCAAUUUUUCACCUGAGAAGAAGGUAGAUGUUAAGUUUACUGAUGACUACGGAAUAUCUGAAGGAGCAGUGGACAAUGGAGGGCCUACUCGGGAGUUUUUCCGACUCUGUCUUCAUGAAAUCAAGGACAAAAUUGCCAUCUUUGAGGGACCACCUAAUUCUAAACUGCUUACAUGCAACUCCAAAGCAAUGAAAGACAAUACCUACUUCUAUGCUGGCCAAAUCAUGGCAAUGUCAAUUGCUCAUGGGGGACAGUCUCCAUGUUUCCUGUCUGAACUUUUAUAUGAGUGUCUUCAAAAGGGCCCAGACAAUGUGAAGGUCAAAAUUGAACAUAUUACUGAUGAAGAAACAAAGUCACAGCUCAAGUCGAUCUUACAGGCUGAGAAUGAAUUACAACUACACAAUGCACUAACACAGGCAGGCAACUUGAUCAGUCUUGCUGGUCACAAUGUUUGCGUAACACUGGAAAACAAACAAGAGACUGCUUUGGACCUGGCUCACUGGUAUGUCCUCCAACGAACUCGUGCACCCUUUGAAAGGUUCAGAGAUGGCUUAAUGUCUCUGGGUGUCCUAGAUGCUCUUCGGAGAUACCCUCUACAGUUGAAGUGUCUUUUUGUUAAGGGUGAAAAGGCCUUAACAGCAAUUGAUGUGGAGAAUCUCUUCCAUGUUAAAUAUUCCGAAAGAGGGAGUAAUGCAUUUCACGAAGAGAGCAGGACCCUGGCAUUCUGGCAAGACUAUCUUCAGGAUGCUGAAUUUGAAAACGAUGUCUCUCUGGAGGAUGUUCUUGUUUUCUGCACUGGAUGUGAUAGCAUUCCAGCACUGGGUUUCUCUCCAAAGCCAAGCCUUGAGUUUAUUACCAAUUCCCGAUUUCCAGUGGCAAAUACUUGUGAAAAUAUACUUCGCAUACCAGUUCAUGCAGUUUACACUACUUUCAAAUCCGACAUGGAUUUUGGAAUACGCAAUUCACCAGGAUUUGGAAGAGCGUGAGGGGUAAAAUUACUGAGGACUUUGACCUUGAGUUAUGCCUUGAUUAUGCUAUUGAUGUUAUUUCAUUUUGUUAUCUCCUAAUAUUAAAAUUCUGCAUUUUAUGGACCAAAACACAUUAAGAAGCAUACAGUUAAAAAAAAGUUCUUUGUUCUGUUUAAAGAUCCAUUUCAAGCCAUGGUUUUGUGCUCUAGUCCUCUAACCUGAACAGCCAUGCUGCCCUGCUCUAUUGCUCUGGCAGAUUGUUGUUUUUUUCUCUUUAAAGUGUCAUGCAUGGUCUU